CAUGCCGCUGCCGCCCAAGGAGAGCAACCUCUUCAAGCGCGUCCUGAAAUGUUACGAACAAAAACAAUACAAAAAUGGACUCAAGUUCUGCAAGAUGAUCCUCUCCAAUCCAAAAUUUGCUGAGCACGGCGAGACAUUGGCUAUGAAAGGACUUACGUUGAAUUGCUUAGGGAAGAAAGAAGAAGCGUAUGAAUUUGUUCGCAAAGGUCUUCGAAAUGAUGUUAAAAGUCAUGUCUGUUGGCAUGUGUACGGCCUCUUGCAGCGCUCGGAUAAAAAAUACGAUGAAGCAAUUAAGUGCUAUCGAAAUGCUCUCAAAUUGGAUAAGGACAAUCUACAAAUCCUAAGAGACCUCUCGCUGUUGCAGAUCCAAAUGCGGGACCUUGAAGGAUACAGAGAGACCCGUUAUCAGCUACUACAGCUGCGGCCCACUCAGAGGGCUUCAUGGAUUGGAUAUGCCAUCGCAUAUCAUUUGCUAAAAGAUUAUGACAUGGCCUUAAAACUUCUGGAAGAGUUUAGAAAAACACAACAGAUUCCUCCUAAUAAAAUAGACUAUGAAUAUAGCGAAUUAAUACUGUACCAGAACCAAGUGAUGAGAGAAGCAGAUUUGUUUCAAGAGUCUCUGGAUCAUAUCGAAACCUACGAGAAGCAAAUAUGUGAUAAACUCAUGACAGAAGAAAUCAAAGGAGAAAUGUUUUUGAAGUUGGGAAGACUAAAGGAAGCUUCUGAAGUAUACAGAGAGCUUCUUGAGCGAAAUGCAGAAAACUGGCAUUACUACGAAGGCCUGGAAAGAGCCCUGCAGCCACGUACUUUAGAAGACAGGCUACACGUGUAUGAAGAGAUAAGCAAGCGGCACCCGAGAGCCGUUUCACCUAGAAGAUUACCUUUAAACUUUGUCACAGGUGAAAAGUUUAGAGAGCAAUUGGAUAAGUGGCUGAGGGUUAACUUCAGUAAAGGCUGCCCACCCUUGUUUACCACUUUGAAAUCUUUAUAUUACAAUACAGAAAAGGUUUCUACAGUCCAAGAACUUGUUACUGGUUAUGAAGUGUCUCUGAAAACGUGUGACUUGUUUAGUCCGUACGAAAACAGUGAGCGAGAACCCCCGACGACUCUUCUUUGGGUCCGCUAUUUCCUCUCCCAGCACUUUGACAAACUGGGUCAGUUUUCGGUGGCCUUGGAUUACAUUAAUUCCGCCAUUGCAAGUACGCCGACAUUAAUAGAGCUGUUUUAUCUAAAAGCCAAAAUUUACAAGCACGUUGGCAAUCUCAUGGAGGCGGCCAGGUGGAUGGACGAAGCACAGUCCUUGGACACGGCGGACAGAUUCAUCAACUCCAAGUGCGCAAAGUACAUGCUGAGAGCGAAUAUGGUGAAAGAGGCCGAGGAGAUGUGCUCCAAGUUCACAAGGGAAGGGACCUCUGCGAUGGAGAACCUCAACGAGAUGCAGUGCAUGUGGUUCCAGACUGAAUGUGCCUUAGCUUUUCAGAGGUUGGGAAAAUACGGAGAGGCCUUGAAGAAGUGCCACGAAGUAGAAAGGCACUUCUUUGAGAUAACUGAUGAUCAGUUUGACUUCCACACGUACUGCAUGAGAAAGAUGACGCUGCGUGCCUACGUUGACCUCUUGAGGCUGGAGGACAUUCUUAGGAAACACGCCUUCUACUUCACAGCUGCUCGGGCAGCCAUUGAAAUCUACUUGAAGCUUCACGACAGUCCUCUGGCCAAUGAAAGCAAAGAACAGGAAGUAAAUUCAGAAAACCUUUCUGCCAAGGAACUGAAGAAAAUGCUUAGUAAACAAAGACGCGCGCAGAAGAAAGCAAAGCUUGAAGAGGAGAGAAAGCACGCAGAAAGAGAGAGGCAGCAAAAGAACCAGAAAAAGAAACGAGACGAGGAAGAGGAGGAAACAAGCGGGCCCAAGGAAGAACUCGUUCCUGAAAAACUGGAAAGGGCUGAUAAUCCAUUAGAGGAAGCGAUUAAAUUCCUUAUACCGCUUAAGAAUCUCGCUGCAGAUAACAUUGACAUGCAUCUGUUAGCAUUUGAAAUAUAUUUCAGGAAAGGUAAUUUUUUAUUAAUGUUGCAGUCAGUGAAAAGAGCUUUUGCCAUCGACGGCAAUAACCCCUGGCUACAUGAAUGUUUGAUUAAAUUUUCCAAGUGUGUGUCUGAUCACAGCAAUUUAUCAGAAGUCGUGAACAAAGUCCUCACCCAAGAAAUGCAGAAGAUCUUCAUUAGUAAAGAUUUGGAAAGUUUUAAUGAAGAGUUCCUCAAACGCAAUCCUACCUCCAUUCAGCAUCAGCUGUCAGGUGCCAAAAUGAUGUAUUUCCUGGAUAGCUCAAGACAAGAGAAAGCUAUCGCCAUCGCUACGAGAGCAGAUGAAACUAUGAGAGACAAAAAUGUGAAGACUUUAACAAAGGUUUUGGAGUCCUUACGAGACGGCAGCUUUGGAACAUGCCACGUCCAGAGUAACGAGUAUCGGAUAGCAUGCCACAAACUGUUUCCUUUAGCCUCCGCCUUUAUGCCUCUCACGAACGAAGAUGAUGGUUGCUUUGCGCCCGUGAAUCAUACAGCCCUUAAUCACGACGUGCUGUCCAACGAAAUUUGAAAAG